GCGCCUGCGCCUUGGGGGAGGCUGUUGUGUGGUUCCCGCCAAUUUUUGCAGCGUCUUGCCGGGGCUGAGUACCGCGCUCCAUGGAGGCCUUUGACCCAGCCGAGCUCCCCGAGCUGCUUAAGCUUUACUACCGGAGGCUCUUUCCCUACGCCCAGUACUAUCGCUGGCUCAACUAUGGCGGAGUGGUAAAGAAUUACUUUCAACACCGUGAAUUUUCAUUCACGUUGAAAGAUGAUAUUUACAUUCGCUACCAAUCCUUCAACAACCAGAGUGAUCUGGAAAAGGAGAUGCAGAAAAUGAAUCCAUACAAGAUUGAUAUAGGAGCGGUAUAUUCCCACAGGCCCAAUCAACAUAAUACAGUGAAGCUGGGAGCUUUCCAGGCUCAGGAAAAAGAACUGGUGUUUGACAUUGACAUGACAGACUAUGAUGAUGUGAGGAGAUGUUGUAGUUCUGCAGACAUCUGUUCUAAGUGCUGGACCCUCAUGACAAUGGCCAUACGCAUCAUCGACCGAGCAUUGAAGGAGGACUUCGGAUUUAAGCACCGCCUCUGGGUGUACUCUGGAAGAAGAGGCGUGCAUUGCUGGGUCUGUGAUGACUCAGUUCGAAAACUGUCCUCCGCAGUCCGGUCUGGGAUAGUGGAGUAUUUGAGUCUUGUAAAGGGUGGUCAAGAUGUUAAAAAGAAAGUUCACCUAAAUGAAAAAAUUCAUCCGUUUGUCAGAAAAUCUAUAAGCAUAAUAAAUAAAUAUUUUGAAGAAUAUGCCUUGGUUGAUCAAGAUAUUCUUGGAAGUAAAGAAAGCUGCGAUAAGAUUUUAGCUCUUAUUCCUGAAACAAUGCAUGAUGACCUUCAACCAAUCUUCCAAAAGCAUCACAGUUCACUUCAGCGUUGGGAGCAUUUGAAGAAAGUGGCCAUAUAUCCGAAUGACAAACUUGGAUACUUGCUUGAGUGGGAGAUCAUGCUCCAGUACUGUUUUCCUCGGCUGGAUAUCAAUGUUAGCAAAGGAAUCAAUCAUUUGCUGAAGAGCCCUUUUAGUGUUCAUCCUAAAACAGGUCGCAUUUCAGUGCCUAUUGAUUUACAGAAAGUGGAUCAGUUUGAUCCGUUUACUGUUCCAACCAUAAGCUCCAUCUGCCAUGAAUUAGAUGCCAUUUCCACUAAUGAAGAAGAAAAAGAGGAGAACAAAACUGAAUCCGAUAACAAACAUAGAACCAGAGAUUAUAAGAAGACCAGUCUAGGUCCUUACGUAAAAGUUUUUGAAAAGUUUCUUGAAAACCUGGAUAAAUCCCGAAAAGGAGAACUUCUCAAGAAGAGUGAUUUACAAAAAGACUUCUGAAGAUAACAACUUCCCUCCAACUAAUGUGGAUAACUUCUAUCUUCAACCAAGAAUCAAAUACUUCAAGAGUCAUUAAAUAAAUAUGGCAGAACUUUGUAUGCAUUUUAAUACUCAAAAUUUUUUUUUCUUGAGGAAUAAUUAUGUUGAAAAGAUUCCUAAGACCACCAAAGCAGUGUCCAGGCUGCUGGAAGGAACAAUAAUGGGCAGGAUAAGUCAAUUGCACAUAAAUUUGUAAAAAUGUAAUAUUAUAUAAAGACUAGAGGUCCAUGCACAAAAUUCAUGCACACCCAGGUAGGGUCCCUAUUGGCUGCCACUGGCCUCCCUUCCCUCAGUUGGCCGGCUGGCCCCGCCUCCUGGUUGAACUCCCAGUCAAACCCCCAGUUGGAACAAUUUGCACAUUAGACUUUUAUCAUAAGAUAAUUCUAAGAUUUCUGUUAUAAAUACUUUUAACAGUUGCUAUAUAUAGAGGUAACUGAACAAUAAUAUGCCCAAGAUUUUAAUCUCAGCUUGUUGGAUACAGCAUUCAUAUUUUGGGAAUUAAUAUUCUAGGUGAAUUAAAGCUUUAUCCUUCAGUCAUAGACACUUCAUUGUACCUGCAGUGUGUAUUCAGUCACUUCUCUUAACAGUUUCACGCCCUCAUGCCGCCAGGUUGAAUCCUCCGGGCGGACUGCGCGAUCCCACUCGUGUUUACCUCUUAACGGUGUAUUCAGUCACUUUGCUUACUAAUAUUUUUAUAGAUCAGUCCACACCUCAAUGCCCAUCUUUUAAAAAUCAUUUUAAACGGAGCAUCUAAAUCUACUAAAAGUUUAAUUCAAAAGACAUGAGAUACUAGAUUAUAAUAUGGUCUAGUGUUGUUUGCAACUGCUGUAAUCAAAGCUCCUUAGAUUACAGAACAAUUGGAACAAUUAGUCUACAUCGUAAAGAAGCAGCUUAGAAAAAAAAUCCAACUUCACCAACA